AUGGACAAGCGUGCAGUGAGCGGCCGGGGCGAACCCGUCCCGAGCAUCCUCAAGAAAUCAAAUAAACAUCGUUCCGGAGACCUCGUUGAUAAGAGCUCGAAAAUAAAACGAGAGAAUAAGAGAGGUGAUGUGAACAUCCCUCUACCUCAAGGUUGCACUCCACUCAUGUACGCUUGCCAACAGGCAAACUACAAGUCUGUUAUUGAAAUCCUUAACAAAGACCCAUCAUCAGUGCGCAUUAGAGACCGAGGUCUACGCUGCGCUCUGCACUACUGUGCUUCGAGCGGUGCUGGUGUGAGCCAGGCUUCUCGAGCGGCUUGUGCUGACAGGGUGCUCAUGGCAGCCAGCCACUUGGCUGACGCACGUGACGCCGAUGGCCUGACACCCCUACAUCUUGCAGUGGUUCACGGAAACGUACCACUGGUGCAGACUUUGCUCGCUGCUGGAGCUGAUGUCAACGCUAAAGACAAUGAACAGCAUACAGUCGUUCACUGGGCAACAGUCUGUGGGGAGGUCGGCGCUCUGAGAGCCGUGUUAGUAUCAGGAGCUGAUGCCGCUACGCCUGACCAGCACGGAGGGUAUCCUCUACACUACGCUGCUCAAAUGUGUGGAGCCCCGGCCGCUACUGAUCAUCAGGGCAGAGGAGCGGCGUUGGAGGUACUUCGUGCACUAGUAAGGGAAGGCGGCGCUCGGGUCGAUGUCCGUGAUGCUGAUGGGAGAACACCUCUACUGUGGGCCGCGUCAGCUGGCUCGGCCGCGGCAGUACUAGCUUUGCAUCAGGCAGGAGCGAGUGUAGAUGAUGCUGAUAGAGAUGGCCUGACAGCUUUACACUGCGCUGCGGCAAGAGGACAUACCGAGGCACUUGAGACUUUGGUUGGACUGUGCGGUGCUAGGGUUGACGUCGCUGACUCACACGGCUGCACACCGUUACAUUACGCAGCAGCUCUUGGUCAUGCUGAUGCAACCUCAGCCCUACUAGUUCAUGGCGCGGACGCACAUCGACAGGACCGUAGAGGAAGGAGUCCAGCUCAUACCGCUGCAGCCAAAGGGCAAAUAGAAACAGUUCGCAUACUAGGAGCAAGAGGAACUAAUUUAUGGUUAAGAAAUUCUAAGGGAGAUCUACCAUUACACGAGGCUGUUGCCUCGGGUCGGAGGGAAUUAGUGAAAUGGCUUUUAGAUGGUAGACCAUCACAAGUGAAUGCUACAAACCAUGAAGGUCGAACCCCUUUACAUAUAGCAGCAGCAACUGAUAAUGCCGACUUGUGUCGUCUACUUAUGGAUCGUGGAGCUGAGGUAAACCCUGUCGCUAAGUCAUCUAAGAAUGAACCCCUGACUCCUUUAGACUGUGCUAUAAGUAGAGGUCAUCGAGCUACUGCCAAAUACCUACAAAUGCACGGUGGGUUACCAGCUACCAAACUUUCAAAUACUCAAAUUAUAAUAGAUGGUUCCUCUAUCACAGCUUUACCAACAAGAAAAGUAACAAGUACAAAGAUUGAUGUUAGAGAUCGAAUUUUUAUAGAAAAACGUGAAGUUGUAGAACUCUCAAGUCCGAUAACUAAUAGAAAGAAAGUAACAACUCAAAGCGAUUCAGAUUUCGAUAAGAGUUCAUCUUCAGAGGAACGUAAAGUAAAAAGAAGAACUAGAAAUAAAUAUACGGAUAGUUAUGCGAAGCGUAGAAAGAGGUUAUCAGAAAAACAGAAAAGUUUUAGUGAUGGCUGUGACAGUGAAUUUGAAGAAACUAAGAAACGCGAUCACUAUAAGCAUACUAUAGUAAAACCAAAGGAAAGUAAAAGUAGAUCAAAAAGCGAACCCUCUAGAAAAAGUAAAAGUAGUAAGAGUCGUGAACGUUAUCAUAGAUCUACCUCACAAAGUUCAUCUGAAAGCUAUUCCGCUAGAAGGAGAAGUAAAAGGCAUCGAAAAAGAAAUAGAAGAAAAACUACGUCAUCAUCAGAAAGCUCUACAUCAGAAACUAGUAGGCGACGAAGUUCGAGGCAUAGAGAAAAAAAGACAUCUAUUCAUAUUGAAAACGACGAAAGGAAGCAAAGUGUUAACAUAAUUAAAUACAAAAACAUAGAUGAUUCUCAGGAAAAAGAUAAAACAGUUGAAAGUGCUUCAGCAAUAUUGUCGUCACAAAGAACAAAGAGCGAAGAAGAAUCACCAAAAAGUAGAGAAAUAUCUAAAAAAAAAGCUUACAGUGAAACAGAAACUGAUACCGUGUCUGUUAAAACGAAUAUGGUAAUAACAGAAGCCCAAAUCCAUAUGGAACGUGAAUCUAGUCAGCAUGGCAGUGCAGAAAUGACGGUCACUAUGGAUUCACAAAAUAACGUUUCUAUUGAGACAAGUAACUUAUCAGUUACUCACAAGGAUAAGAAUGAAGACGAGGAAAAAACAUCCGAACCACAAGUUCCAACAGAGGAGGUAACUGAAGUAGAUAAACCUAUCGAUGAGAGCAAUGAAUCAAAAGACGAAAACAAAGUAGCUAUCGAGAGUUCUGUAGAAGAUGCUAAAAGUAUGCAAUGUAUAACAACAGUGGGCGAUUCAAAAGAAAGUGAAACUAAAAAUAACAUAUCUGAUAAGGAUACUCAAGAGACUUCAGAGGAACUGAAAAUAAAGUCUCCAUCUGAGGAUAAUGAAAUACCUGAAAAGGAAACUUCUCCCACCGAUAAAGAAAUUAAAAGCAUUGAUAAAUCUCAAGACGAUAGUGUGACAAAUAGUCAAAAACAAUCUUUUCAGGUUUUGUCUGGUCCCAAGGACACCACAUCGGAGGAAGGCGUUUUAAAAUCAUCGGGAGAAAAAGAGUCAACAACAAAAGAAGAUAGAGAACCGCCUCCUAAAGUUUCUUCUGCAGUGUCAUUUUCAGAAAAAGAUGAAAUUUUUAAGAUCAACGAUAUUGAAACAACAGCAGAUCAAUCAGACAAUACAGAAACUUCCAAUAAGAUUAUAGACGUCGACUUAACAAAAACACCCCAAGAAAGCAAAAGUGUCUCUGAAGAAAAACAAGAAUUGCAGACAGAGGCUAGAAUUGAGGCCGCUGAGUUACAUACGGCCGCAGAUAAAGGUAUAAUUAAAAUUUUACCGGAUGAUUCAACUAUGGAGGAUGUGGAAAAUGAAAAUUUAGAACCUGAUAAGUUUGUUGACUAUCAAGACUCGUCUGUGACACCUAUUUCGCCCAGGCGGAUCUCGAAAUCAGUAAAAGAUAGUCAAAGUAGUAGCAGAAAGAGUAGCAUCUAUGAAACUGAAAGUUACAAGGUUCUGUCAGAAACUGUCGAACCUGAUGAAGUUAGUACAGGUAUUUUAAAGAAAUCAAGUUUUAUUGAUGAUGAAAAUAUAGAAGGCGAUACACUUGAUAACACAUUGAGAAGAGAUAAUUCUUUUAGUAGAAUUCCAAGCGUCAGUGACAAUGAGAUUUAUUACAGCCACUCAGAAGUCAAUGGUCGAAGAAAACGAUUUCGAAAAAAAGGAAAAAUUAAAAGUCGAUUGUCCUUAAGAUCAAAAAGUGAAAAUUCUGAGAGAGAUUACGAGUCCAGUGGUUUCAUGGACUCCGGUUUUGAACCUAGCCCGCGUUUAGUUCAAAGACGCAUUAUGAGUCCUCGGCUACAAGCUUACUAUCAACAACGAAGAAGUGCUAAGUUGACGGGAAAAGUAGAUAGUAAAAUACCGGUGAGAAAACCUGGAGAUAAAAAGGCUGUCGAUAUGAGAUCUGUGACGCAGCGGUUGCAAACAAAUAUGAGAAGAUAUUACUGUGAAAGAAAAAUAUUUCAGCAUUUAUUAGAGUUAAAGCGACUGCAAAUAAGAACAAGCAAAGCAAACGAAGCUGUCUUAGUUAAAAGGACAAUUGACGAAUACAAUAAGUCUAGUCUGGCUACAGUCGGCUUAGGUCCAUAUAACAGCACAGACUACUCAUUUAGUACUUUUGAAAAGUUUUUAUAUGAGAGCUUGAGAAAAUUACAAAAGAGUGGCAAAAAACAUCUCGACAAUUUGCCUGAAAGACCCAUUGAUUUUGAUUAUGGUGAGAGCGAGUUAUAUAAAAUGACCGGCAUACCUGAUAAUCCUUGCUUAUGUACAAGCAAGACACAUCGAUGUUUCCACGCUGUACAUGCAUACACCGGGAUACCGUGUUCUGCUUACAUUCCUUAUAAAUGGAAUCAUCAUACGAUGCCGAAACUUGCUACCGCAGUACCAAAGACGAGAUCCAAGGGAUUUUUACCAAAAAUAAAUUCGAAGCCACCAUCUGGUAAAGCUCACGUUACACUUGAAGUCUCCCAUGGAACUGAAAGGCAGCUAAUUGCAUUACCUGCUGAGAAACUUGAUAAAAACAAAAGAUAUUAUGUAACUUUUACGGUAAAAGGUUCUGAACCACCGUCUGAUAAUGAUAAUCCUUCACCAAAAACAUCUAAAACGCCAAAAAGUGGCUGA